AUGGCACAAGACCAAGUUCGCGCCCUUAUCGUCGGAAACGGUGGCCGUGAACAUGCUCUGGCCUGGAAAUUGAGCCAAUCUCCCCUCGUGGACAUUGUCUAUGUUGCUCCCGGUAAUGGCGGCACAGGUCGAGGUGCGUCCAGCAAGAUUGCCAACGCCAAUGUCAAGGGCGAUGAUUACCCAGGGCUUGUGGCAUUUGCACAGAAGAAUAAUGUGAAUCUGGUGGUACCGGGCCCGGAGGCUCCUUUGGUGGAUGGCAUCCAGGGCUAUUUUCAGGCCGUUGGCAUCCGAUGCUUCGGUCCUUCCAAGGCUGCUGCCCGUAUGGAGGGCUCCAAGACUUUCUCCAAAGACUUCAUGCAGCGCCACCAGAUCCCUACCGCCGAGUUUGGAAACUUCUCCGACUACGAGUCCGCGCGUCGCUACCUCGAUUCCGUGUCGCAUAAUGUGGUGAUCAAGGCCGACGGAUUGGCCGGUGGAAAGGGUGUCAUCAUCCCCACAACGAAGGAAGAGGCCCACCAGGCUCUGCGGGAAAUGAUGGUGGAUCUCCAGUUUGGCCAGGCGGGCAAUGAGGUCGUGAUUGAGGAAUAUCUGGAGGGAGAUGAGCUCAGCGUGCUCACUUUCAGUGACGGCUACACGAUUCGUUCGCUGCCCCCAGCUCAGGACCACAAGCGGAUCUACGAUGGCGACCAAGGCCCCAACACGGGUGGCAUGGGGUGCUAUGCGCCCACUCGCAUUGCGCCCAAGGAGGUGAUGGAGGAGAUUGACCGAACCAUUGUGCAGCCGUCCAUUGACGGCAUGAGAAAGGACGGCUUUCCCUUCAUCGGUAUUCUGUUCACCGGUCUCAUGAUGACCAAAAAGGGACCCAAGGUUCUGGAGUACAACGUCCGCGGCGGUGACCCCGAGACGCAGACUCUCUUGCCGCUAUUGAGCAAGGACACGGACUUGGCGCAGAUUAUGGUGGCUUGCGCAGAACACUGGCUCGACGGUGUCUCGAUCAAGGUUGAGCCCAACUUCUCGACAACUGUUAUCGCCGUGGCUGGUGGCUACCCUGGCUCCUACGCCAAGGGUAAGCCGAUUACUUUGGACGCUGAGCCGGCUGGCACUCUUAUCUUCCACGCCGGUACAACCCUGUCUGGUAACGAGCUGCAGACCUCUGGAGGCCGUGUGAUUGCCGCAACGGCGACGGCGUCCACUCUCGAGGAGGCCGUGUCCAAGAGUUACGAGGGCAUUGCGACGAUCCACUUCGACGGCAUGUUCUACCGCAAGGAUAUUGCACACCGCGCGUUCCGACAGACGGCAGACACCUCGCUCACCUACGCGGCAGCCGGUGUGUCGAUCGAUGCCGGCAACCAGCUGGUCAACCGAAUUAAGAGCUCUGUGGCGCGCACCAAACGACCUGGCACCGACGCUGUCAUUGGCGGAUUCGGCGGUCUUUUCUCGCUGGCGGCCGCCAACUCGGAGUACCACCCGCACUCGCCGACCCUCAUCGGUGCGAUUGACGGCGUCGGCACCAAGCUCAAGAUUGCGCACGCCGUGGGCAUCCAUGACACCGUCGGCGUGGACUUGGUCGCGAUGAACGUCAAUGACCUGGUCGUCCAGGGCGCCGAGCCGCUCUUUUUCCUGGACUGCUACUCGUGCGGACACCUGGAUGUUCCCACGGCCACUGCAUUCGUGACCGGAGUCGCUGACGGCUGUGUUCAAGCCGGCUGCGCCCUGAUCGGCGGCGAAACCGCCGAGAUGCCCGGCCUCUUCGUGGAAAACACCUACGAUGCCGUCGGUGCGGCCGUAGGCGCGCUCAACACGACGGGCGACAAUGCCCGCCCGGUUCUGCCACACACGGACUCGAUGCGCGCCGGCGAUGUCCUCUUGGCACUGGGUUCAUCCGGCCCGCACUCCAACGGCUACUCGCUCGUGCGCAAGAUUGUCGACCGCGCCGGCCUGCGCUACACCGACCCGGCACCCUUCGCCAUGCCGGGCCACACCGAGCCCAUCUCCCUGGGCCGCGCCCUCCUCACCCCGACCCGCAUCUACGUCAAGCCCGUCCUGCACGCCCUCGCCUCCCACCCCUCCGCCAUCCGCGGCUUGGCCCACAUUACCGGCGGCGGGCUCGUCGAGAAUGUCCCCCGCAUGCUGCCCUCCACCUUGACCGCCCACAUCGACGCCCGCGCCUGGUCCCUGCCCCCGGUCUUCGCCUGGCUGCAACGCGCCGGCAACGUCUCCUCCACCGAGAUGGCCCGCGCUUUCAACUGCGGUGUCGGCAUGGUCCUUGCCGUUGACCAAGCCUCCGAGGCCGCUGUGCGCCAGAGCCUCGAGGCCCAAGGUGAGACUGUCUACCGCGUCGGCGAGCUGCGAGCUCGUGCCGAGGGCGAGGAAGGCUGUGUUCUGGCGGGCCUGGAGUCGUGGAACGCAUAG